ACUUGGCUUUCUCUGUUCAUCUUUUCCCUCUGGAAUCAGCCCUGCUGUUUAUUUAGAUAAGAGAAGGUUUUCUUAAAAUCCUUUGUCCCAUAUUUGAAUGCUGUAUUUUCUCCCCUCCUCCGCCCCAUGCCCCUCAGCCAUAAACAGGCAGACCAUGUGUUUCUCUUGUCCUGGUUGGAUGCACAAAUCUUCUUUAUGUGCAGUGCUGCUUGCCCCGUUGCCUAGACGAUAACUUGCUCACACUGAAGAUGUCUGGCUCUCGCAAAGAGUUCGAUGUGAAGCAGAUUUUAAAAAUCCGAUGGAAGUGGUUUGGUCACCAGCAAGCUCCUCCUAAUCCUAGUGGCGAUUGCCAGCCAGAAGAUUUUUGGGACAAAGGACAUAACGCAACAACUAGUGGGAUAAAGUUUUUAGAUCCAGGGAAUCUGUCCCUACCUUUUGCCUCAAUUGGUUUCCAAAGGUCCAACCAGAAGAGUUUCCAAAAUUCGUCAUCUUGGCCAAUGGCAUCCAGCUCUGAAGUGCCUACAUUUGAGCUCACCACAGAGGACUGUGGAGGUGCACACUGGCUUGAGAGAGCCGAAGCUGAGGAGGGAGUCAGUGAAGAAGAAAAUGUAUCUGAUAGCAGUUCAUGCAGGACUUCCACUAGCAGCCAGACUCUGGCAUCUUGUCAUACAAUGGAACCCUGUACAUCUGAUGAAUUUUUUCAAGCCCUCAACCAUGCAGAACAGACCUUUAAAAAGAUGGAAAAUUACCUGAGACACAAACAACUGUGUGAUGUGGUAUUAGUUGCUGGUGAUCGACGCAUUCCUGCACACAGAUUGGUGUUGUCUUCUGUCUCAGACUACUUUGCAGCCAUGUUUACUAAUGAUGUAAGAGAGGCAAGACAAGAAGAAAUCAAAAUGGAAGGUGUGGACCCAAAUGCAUUGUUGGCUUUGGUGCAAUAUGCAUAUACAGGUCGCCUUGAAUUAAAAGAAGAUAAUAUUGAGUGCCUGCUAUCUACAGCUUGUAUUCUACAGCUCUCUCAAGUUGUAGAAGCUUGCUGUAAGUUCUUAAUGAAACAACUUCAUCCAUCUAAUUGCCUUGGAAUCCGCUCCUUUGCUGAUGCACAGGGUUGCACAGAUCUGCACAAAGUGGCUCACAAUUACACCAUGGAGCAUUUCAUGGAAGUAAUCAGAAACCAAGAAUUUUUAUUAUUACCUGCCACUGAAAUUGCAAAACUUUUAGCAAGUGAUGACAUGAAUAUUCCUAAUGAAGAGACCAUCCUCAAUGCGUUGACUACAUGGGUGAGACAUGAUUUGGAGCAAAGAAAGAAAGAUCUCAGUAAACUCUUGGCAUACAUCAGACUGCCACUACUUGCACCACAGUUUUUGGCAGAUCUGGAAAAUAAUGCACUCUUUAGAGAUGACAUUGAAUGUCAAAAACUUAUUAUGGAAGCAAUGAAGUACCACUUAUUGCCAGAGAGAAGACCAAUGUUACAAAGUCCCCGUACAAAACCUAGAAAAUCUACUGUUGGUGUGUUGUUUGCAGUUGGAGGCAUGGAUGCAACUAAAGGAGCAACAAGUAUCGAAAAGUAUGAUCUCCGUACCAAUAUGUGGACUCCUGUAGCAAAUAUGAAUGGGAGACGACUGCAGUUUGGAGUAGCAGUGUUAGAUGAUAAGUUAUACGUUGUUGGUGGUAGAGAUGGAUUGAAAACAUUGAAUACCGUGGAGUGCUACAAUCCCAAAACAAAAACUUGGAGUGUGAUGCCUCCUAUGUCCACUCAUCGGCAUGGACUUGGUGUGGCAGUGUUGGAAGGUCCUAUGUAUGCUGUAGGAGGACAUGAUGGCUGGAGCUACCUGAACACUGUAGAAAGAUGGGAUCCACAAGCACGUCAAUGGAACUUUGUGGCUAGCAUGUCAACUCCAAGGAGUACAGUGGGGGUAGCAGUAUUAAGUGGAAAGCUAUAUGCAGUUGGAGGUCGAGAUGGAAGUUCUUGUCUCAAAUCUGUAGAAUGCUUUGAUCCUCAUACUAACAAAUGGACACUUUGCGCUCAGAUGUCAAAACGAAGAGGUGGUGUUGGUGUAACCACCUGGAAUGGAUUCCUCUAUGCUAUUGGAGGUCAUGAUGCACCAGCUUCCAAUUUAACAUCAAGGCUGUCUGACUGUGUUGAGAGGUAUGAUCCUAAAACAGAUGUGUGGACUGCUGUCGCAUCAAUGAGCAUUAGCAGAGAUGCCGUGGGAGUUUGCCUUCUUGGAGACAGACUGUAUGCUGUCGGUGGAUACGAUGGACAAACCUACCUUAACACAGUGGAGUCCUAUGAUCCCCAAACAAAUGAGUGGACACAGGUUGCACCAUUGUGCCUAGGAAGAGCAGGAGCAUGUGUUGUGACUGUGAAACUCUAAUUUCAAAGAUGUCCUUCUCUCCUUUAAGCUCUCAUUUGGAGGAAGGGGAUUCCCUCAAAUUUCUAAAUUAUAAUACAAUGAGGUACUGUGUAUCUUUGCAAGACAAGGCAUUUGGUCUUAAUCUGUUACCUAAGGUUUUUUUCUUAAAUGGACCAACAUUAUGCACUUUUUUAAAUGAGUAAUGCAAUUUGUGUACAUUCAUUUGUAAUCAAAUACUUAGCAGUCAGCUGGCAUAUUAGAAAUACAGAGGUAGAAAACCAUACAUAUUUUGUUUCUGGCUGUAGAAGACCCGCAAGAAACUUCUUUUAGAAACCUGCACACACUACUAUGGACUUUCAUUUUCAUAUGUAUGCUUUUGACAUGUUCAGAAUGCAUCAGCCUUGCUUUAUUCCAAAUGUUUUGUCUUUAUUGUUCUAUUGAGUUUAUUUUAUUUUAUAUUAUACUAUGUGGUACAAAGAGAAGUCAAAUGUAGCCAAAAUUUUGAGUGUACCUCUUGCCUUGGAAAUGUUAUUCCUUUAAUGCCUGAACUCUUUACACACAGCUGAUGCUUUGUAGUCUUUUUGUUUGUUUAACCAAAGCCUUACUUUAAUAUUUUAUGCUAUCGAAUAUGUUCUUCAACAACUUUGCACCAUCUAGUAUGCUUGCAGGAUUUUCUCAUCUUUUAAGUUAUAUUACAUAAUAUACACAUUUAUACACAAUUUCACUGUAUCUAUUUUGUGGGUCACUUCCUAAAAGCAGUUUCAAGAGAAAAGAGCUCAAGCAUAUGACUUUCAUUUGUAGUUUUUGGAGCAUUCCAUGAUCUCUAGUUCUGUGAAGCUAACUUUAAUUUACUUUGAAGGAGGAUUUUGAACAAUUCUUAAGUACGUAUUUAUAGGAUUAAAAUUCCUUACAGCACUUUUUGUGUUAGUUUAACAAAAAGUGGGCAUUAUCCUACAAGUAGUACAUCCUUUGGGGAUGUUCAGCUUCUUUAAAAAACAAACAAACUGUUGUUCUUUCUGAAGAUCAGACUAGUGUUACUGAAUUAUGCAGUACUGUAACAGAUUUUCUUUACAAUUUGCCUUGUGUUGAUUCCUUACACUACUCAGAAUUCCUUGGGUAUUCCAAGUGCUGUCUGAAAUUUUUAUAUUUUCUUUUGUGCCUUGUUUCUUAUGUUUUCAUAUAUCGUAUGUAAACACACAUUCUUGUACUUUAUCAUAAAAUAUGAAUAUGUAAACUCAAAGGACUUUUUCUGACAGUAAACUGAAGAUAUCUGAUAA